AUUGUAAUUUUAGAACCCCAACCAGGGCAACAAGUGGUAACAAAAGAUGGUAAGACUGCUGUGGUAUCUUCAGCCCAGGCGGGCCAGGAAGUGGUAACUGGUGAUGGUAAAGUGGUAGUUCUACCACCAGGGAGUCAACUGGUAACAGAGACACAGAGUGGCCAACAGCAAAUAAUCACUCCUGAUGGCACAGUGGUGGUGGCUGCCAGUGGGCAAAAAGUGGCUGUCCAGCCCACACAGCCCACAAAACCACCGGUUAAAACCACUGCUGAUGGUAAGGUGAUAGUUAUAGACUCUGAUGGUCAGGAAGUGGUACAACAGCCUGGUAUACCUGUGGUGAUGCAGGACGGACGAACCGUGAUGGUGGACCCCAAGACAGGUAGACAGGUGGUCAAGCAGACAGUGGUAGUGGUCAAUCAAAACAAUCAGAUGAUUAACGAGGACGGUAAUCUAGUCAACGAGAAAGGUCAGCUGAUCAACCCUGAAGGUCAAGUGGUGGACGCUUAUGGACGGGUUCUGACUGAAGAGGAACUGGCUCAAGCUAAUGCUGUUGCUGGGGAAACCAAGGUGAUAAUAAAGACUGUGACAAAUACAGAAUACAUCAAAACCACAGAGUUUGUAGAAGUGGAAAAAUCAGCCGGGCCAGAUUCUGUGUCAGGGGCAAAUCUUCCUGAGGGACCAGUUGUUGCUGGCACUGAGGCAUUGAAAACAGAUGAAAACGAAUAUGAGGAGGGUACAGCUAUAAUGGUUGGAGGAGCCCCCGUACUUGAACACGAGGGUCCAAUAGCUCCUAACUCCUCCCCCACCCAGUCUGGGAUGCAGGAUCAGAUGAAACUCCACCAGGAGGAGGCUUAUAGGAGGUUACAAGAACUGGAAAAACAAAUGGUUGGUGGAGAGAAAAAAGACGAUAAAGCAACCAAAGAAAGGAGACGGAAACGGAAAUUGUUUGCUGAUGAAAGAAAGCAGAGGCUCGCAGAGGCCAUUGCCAAUAUGGACGACGAUUUCAUCCUGCUCCAAAUUUACGAUGAAACUCAGGAUGAAGUCAGAGACAAAGAUUUGGAAGUCAGGAAAAUAGAAGCCAAGAAUGACAGUUUACAGAGAGAGAUCAUUGAUAUCCAGUCGGAGUUCCAGUUUGAGAGAAUAGAUUACCUGGACACCAUCAGAAAACAAGAGAAGGACUUGGCCCUCCUGCAGGCCCUGCUAGAUAAGAUCCACCCCUGCCUGAGGCGGGACUGUAAUUACUACAACCUUGACAAGGUCAGGCGGGAGUGUAAGUGGGACGAGGACGAAGGAAAGUGGAUCCUCCCCCGCAUGUCCAUCAACAACACGGCCCUGUCUGUGGCAGAAAAUGGAGUCAGUUCUGCACCAAGAGUAAAUCAUGAUACUGAAAUGAGAACAGGAUAUGAAUCAGAUGAGGGUGUGAUGCCGGGGGGACGUCCGAUGGAGGGGAGAAGUAGACCCCGACUGUCUAACGGAGACAUCCAGCCCAGUAUGUAUGACAACGAGGAGGACCGCUUUAAAGAGAAAAUCAUGAGGAGGGAGGACAACUCCAAUAAAUAUUUCCAGGGAAAACGAGCCAGCCAGCUUCUACAGUCCAACGAACCAAUCAACAGAUUCAAUAUCAAUGAAGUAAAGGAUGCCUACAGCUUGAAGAGUCCGCGAGGAUCCAUGACCAAUGGUCACAUGACAGAGGACCCAAUGAGCUCCGGACUCCGGGCGGCUGCCGUCCACGGUCAGUUACUGCAGGAGGACGCCAUGGUCCGAAAACCCACACGCUUAGAUGCCCUGCCCGCCGUUAACACAAAGAAGGGCAAAAAGAAGAAAAAUGGCCUCGGCCCCUUGUGAUGAAGGUCCAAUCUUAUGUCACUCUAGAGAUUAAGGGUUAAGAUGCAAUCUAUAUUUGUAUUACAGACUUUUUACUUCUGUUUGACCCAAUGUUUAUUGCUGAUAGUGGAGUUCGAGUGAUUUUUUUGAAAGGAGCUGAUGUAAACUUUAUUUAGGUGAUGUGAUUUUUAUUGUCAGUCAUUGAAAUGUUUCAAAAGAAAAUGCAGGGAAUAAACAGAUAUUUCACUGAGACACAAGUCAUGUAAAUAUUAUCAGCAGUAGUCCUCUAUUUUAUCUUAGUUUAAGUAAAAUCAGUAUUGUCAUUUCUCGAGCUUGAUGUAACUUUCUGAUGUUCUUGCCAUCUGUAUCAUUAUUUAAAGGUAUUUUUUCUUAUAUCUUAUACAAGUGUACAGUAGCUAAUGAAGUCAAAACUUCACUUCUAGGUACUGGAUACCUACAGGCGAUCUUGUUUUUAAGAUGUGGUCACUAAUGGGUAUAGAUCAAUGGGCAUGUCUAAAUAUUUUUACAGGGUGUCAAUGCAUGUACAUGUAUCUCAUGACAUUUCCAGUAUCAUGUGAUUAGUUACCAUGUAAAUACACACAAAUACACACAAUAUUUCUCCUGAUAAAAUUAAAUGAACUACAUAGAGCAGUAAGUAUAUUGCAAAAUACAUGUACUUUGCAAAUUUCUAUUCAUUAUGAAUUAACUGCUGUUAAAUUGUGCAUGGUUAUUUGCAAUGUGUUCACAAUUAGAAUAUUAUGUUACUACUAUCUAAAGAAAUUAUUCUUUGUAUUUGAUGAAAACUUUCAAAAAUGUUAUUACCCAGGUAACAUCUUUUUUUUAAUGCGCAGGUGGUGCAUGUGAUAAUUAUUUUCUAUAUUGAGUAGAAGUACACAUUAAAGUUUUUGGCAAUUCUUUAGUAUGAUGUAGACAACUCAACUGUGAUAAUUAAAUAUUCCUUUUUUGUAAUCACUGAUGAUAAAUAUCAGACCUGGGAGUAUAGGCCAUGAAAUUGUCUUUCAUAAAAUGUAUGAAAUCCGUCCAAGACAUUGUCGAUUGUUGAUCAUUUCAAAUUUUAUUGAAUCAGUUGUAUAAUUUUUACUGAAACAUUAGUUUAUUGAUGAGUCAAUGAUAUGUACAUUUGUAUUGCAUUUUAUAUUUAUUUUACAUUCUGUGAUUUUAGAUUAGGUACAUAUGUAUUACAUUGAUCUUACACAAUCUGUUUUAUUUUAAUAAGUUAAUGUUUUAUUUUUAUUUAUGAUAGAAAGUUGUGUUAGUGUUUGGAUACUUGGGUGCAAUUUAUUAACAAUUAAAAGUGCUAGUUAUUCAUUGUCCACAAACAAAUCCCAUAAUGCUGGCAUUCCUUUUUCAUGAUGAAAUAUUAGACAUACAUUUGGCUAUUAGAGAAAAAAAAAUUAAUUGAAAAGUCAGGUUUCUUUCAAUGGAUGUUAUAAGCUUUUAUGAUUUUGUCUUUUUAAAGUUCAUGUCCAGAGGGAAUAAAUUGCAAAGAUUUUGUUCAUUAACUAACAGGAUGAGCCAUUCUGUUCCAGUUAAGUGAACCUCCAAAUUGGGAAAGUUCUUUGAGCUUUUACAUAUAUAACAAGUUUUUGAAUUCCGUCUCAUUCCUUUAAAUAUUAAAAGGAAAAAACAUACAUUCUGUAUUUUCUGAAAAUCUUUCCCAAAAAUAUGCCCUAAUAUGACUUAAUUUUUCUUACCUCCAAGUUUCAUUUUAAUUAAUUUAUGUUUAAUUAAUAUAUAUUUGUGGUGUGUCAGAUGUUGUGUUCUUUCAGUUUAUACUAAUACUAUCCGUCCAAGCUGAAUGUUGAUUUAUUUUAUGACUUUGAAAAAAGAAAUUAAUGUUUUGUGAUUAUCUUACAAGUUAAAACUUGUUGACAAAUCCAUUUUUCUUCUGUAAUGGUGGCACAAUAUACGUAUCUGUUGACAUUAGACAUUCCAAUCAUCACAUAAUGUUGUCUUUUCAUGAACACAGUAUUUAUAGAUGUAGAAAAUGACCUUGUUGUUCAAGUUUGUCAAUAAAAUAUUUCUGUUUUUCAAA